AUGCAGGCGCAAUACAUAGUCGACGAGGAAAAAGUUACACACCAUGUUGACGACAAGGCCCUCGCGCAGGAAAAAUACAGCCGCUCGUCGUCUCCAUCUCAAAACGGCGAAGAAGCCAUCUCGCACGAGCAACAUGACGACGACGAGGAAAACAACGACAACGAUAACAACAACAACGUAAGACGCUGGAUCACGCCCGGCGGGCAAGCCAAAGAAUCGCAAUACGACGCCCAAUCCACGCUCGCAUCCGUCUCGGGCGGGCGCACCGACGGCGGUCUGCACGCGUGGCUCAAAGUAUGCGGCGGCUUCCUCAUCUACAUCAACAUCUGGGGCUUUACACUGUCGUACGGCGCAUUCCAAACCUACUACCGCAGCACGCUCCUCGCGUCGUCGUCUGCAUCCUCCAUCUCGUGGAUCGGCACCACGCAAGCGUGGCUACUCAUCUUCGUCGGCGUCCUGUCAGGCCCGCUAUUCGACCUUGGCUAUUUCCGCGCUAUGCUGCUCGCGGGCAAUUUCCUCGUCGUCUUGGGCAUCAUGAUGCUCAGCUUGUCGACGAGGUACUGGCAUGUUUUUCUCAGCCAGGGCGUGUGCAUGGGCCUCGGUGCCGGCUUGCUGUAUAUACCCAGUUUGGCGCUGGUGAGUAUCUGGUUUGAUCGUAGGAGGAAUAUUGCUAUGGGUAUUGUUAUGAGUGGGAUUGCUGUUGGAGGCGUAGCCUACAUCCUCAUGUUCAACCAUCUCCUGCAAACCGCCUCGUUCCCCUGGGCCAUCCGCGCCAUGGGCUUCGUCGCCCUCGCCUGCGCCCUUUUCUCCAUCCCCGCCCUACUCUCCGGCUCCAGCAUGAUCAAGCCGCCCAGCCAGCGCCGCGCCCUCUUCGACAAAACCGCGCUUCACGACCGCCUCUUCCUCAUCUUCACCAUCUGCACCUUCGCCACGUAUCUCGGGUACAUGGUUCCCUAUUUCUACAUCCCGACGUACGCACGCGAGCGCCUGGGCACCAGCGAAAGCGCCGCGUUAUACAUGCUUGUCAUUGCAAUUUCAGGGUCUUUUUUCGGACGCCUGGGAAGCGGGCUUGCGGCCCAUCUGUUUGGGCCCAUUGUCACGUGGGUCGGGUGCGCGACGUGCAGUGGUGUGCUGGCGUUGAGCUGGAUGGCGAUUGAGGAUAUCAAGGGGUUUAGGGCGUUUAGCGUGCUGUAUGGUUUCUUCUCCGCAGGCCUCGUCACCGUGCCCACGGCUGCCUUCGCAAACAUCACGCCCGACCACUCGCGCCUCGGCACGCGCAUCGGCAUGUCGUGGGGCGGCAGCAGCAUCGCCUCGCUGAUCGGCGCCCCGAUUGCCGGCGCCCUGCUCAAGCGCACAAACGGAGCCACGGAUUUCAACGGCGUCCAGAUAUGGAGUGGCCUCUGCUUGAUUACGGGCUCUUGCUGCUUGUUGCUGCUGUGGUUUUGUACCGUUAGACAGCAGAAGACGGGGUGGAGGGUUUGA